AUGGCGAAAGCGACGACGUGCAAGGACGCGAUCAAGGCGUUAGAGGCGGAGAAGGGCGUCGUCGCCGCGGAGCAAGAGAAGGUUCUCCUCUUCGCGAAGGUCCCGCCGAUCGAGAAGAUGGACGGGUCGCUCUCGACGCUCAAGGCGUGCGCGCACUUGUCCCUGAGCACGAACAACAUCGAGAAGAUCAGCGCGCUGAGCGGCCUGGACAACCUGAAGAUCUUGAGGCGCGUUCUUCUCCUCGGAAAGAAUCUCAUCAAGAAGAUCGAAAACUUGGACGGCGUGGCGGCCACGCUCGAGGAACUGUGGAUCUCGUACAACAACAUCGAGAAGCUCACGAACAUCGACAAGCUCACGAAUCUCCGCGUGCUGUACAUGAGCAACAACAAGGUGGCGGACUUUAAAGAGCUCGAGAAGUUGUCGUCGCUGGCGAAUUUAUCAGGCGCGUUCCAGCUGCUGCUGGUGGGGAACCCGGUGUACACGGCGUCGGAGGACGCGCAGAGCCUCGGGAGCGAGUACCGCAUCGAAGUUUUGAAACGCGUGCCGCAGCUCGUGAAACUAGACGGCGUCCCGGUGGACGUGGACGAGAAGGAAAAGGCGAAGGAGAUGUUAGCGGAGGAAGCCGCGGCGUGA